AACCAGAUCAAAUCCCUUAAACCUCACAAAAUGAAAAAAAGGGAUCGUCUCUGAAGAAUUUGUAAUUCGUCAAUGAACCAUGACAUUUAGCCUCUGAUAUUGCAUACACCCAUAAACUUGUAAACUUGUUUAUGCCGUGGUGCAACUGAAACAAGUCUUGUGACAAUUCCCCCGAACUGCAUCCACAAUUUCAGCGACGAUCAUCAUGUACGCCGCCGCCGUUGUUUGCGUCCUUUUUACGGCUGUCUCGGCCAGCCAGGGCCCGCUGAACAUGCCCAGUGUGCCGUGGAAGACGGAGCAGACCGACCUGCCCCAUCCUGUGAUUUGCUGUAGUGCUUCCGCCUACACGUAUAAAGCAGUUAGCGUGGUCUCGUCCGUGAAAGACGGGUCCCUCUCUACGGAAUUCAUCCAUCAGCGUGGCGCCUACGAUGCUGUAGCCAAGAUGAUCGCCGUUGAAGAGGUGUUGGGAUUCACCAACGGCACCGAAGACACUGUCAAACUCAUCAGCGACUUCAACAAUGGGGUGGAGUAUCGCAUUACAUCACAGAAAGGAACGAUUGAAUGCGAGAAAACGGACAUUCCCACCCGUUUUCUGCACAACUGUCUGACAGACGAAAAGUUCAUCAAUUGGGUAACUAUCGGCGAUCGGGCCCUGACAGCAGGCAACUGGUACAAGCUCUGGACCAAUCACCCGACUGAGGAUGUUCACGUGGUUUACACCUUCCAGCAUCCCGAGUGCGUUGACCUCGGCUACAUCAGUCGUGGGACGGACAAAGCGACAGGUGCUGAAUUGUGGACUGACUUCCACACCCGUUCAGACUACAGUCUCGGCAUCUGUGACCCAGACAAGUGGUUCAAACCGCCUCCAGAGUGCAAGGCCGUCAAGCUCCUAAAGGCGACCCCUCAGCAGUGGUUUGGCCGUCUGAGCCCUGACGGGAAACGUCCGAUCUUCUGGUAGAUGUCAAUUCAUCCUCGUCGUUGACCGAAGACAACACGAACAUUUAUCGAAUUGAGAAAGAAACUGUUCUCAUCAUAUAGAGAAACUCUCAAUAAAAGAACAUCUUAAUUGGAAAGCUCUUAUAGUGACUGGCGCCCUUUCUUUUUUUCGUUUUAUCCUUUCAGUUUUAGAUGAUACCUUCUUCCCUCUUGAACAUUACACAUGUACUUCACAUGUAAACUGAAUGAGUGGUUAUACAUGUUCGUCGAUUUGAAGGAAUGAUUUACAGGGGAAUUCAACUGAAUUAAGUUCGUAAACCGGGUUUAAAAUGUGUUUCAGCCAAGUGCUCGUCAUCAGCCAUGGCCGUUAAACCCUUUAGCUAUUUUGUUUAAUCUAGUCUUUAAACAAAACCGAUUACAAAUUAAUAAUGUAUUCUUUCUUGUUUUACUAUUACAGUUUAAUGUAUAAGGUUUAGCAGAUUUAUAUACCCAAUAACCGAUUAAACUGUAGAAACCCAAUAACUGCCUCCGUCUUCAAGGGUAAAGACUUAUGGAGACUGAAGUUUUUCUGUUGCAGCCUCUCGCCUAUGGAACAGUCUGCCAAAAGCCCUGAGUUCACAACCAGACGCUGUCUCUUUCAAACUUGUCUCAAACUGUACCUCUUCAUUCAAAUUUAUCAUUUAGAUCUCAGACCCCAGCGCAUUGAAUAGGUCUAUAGAUACCAGCACUUUAAAAAGUUACUAUUAUUAUUUUUUAUUAUUAUUGUUAUUAAUAUGGAACAUUUGUGCAAAUUCACAAAACUUUUUUUAAAUGGCUUUUUAUUGAACAGGUGAUGACAUGCUUUCUGUUUGAAUGUUAAUGCAAGUAUAGAUAUUGUGCCGAAAGGAGCAACUCUUUUCGAUCGCAUAACGGAAUGGCUAUACUGGAAUUGUUAAUAUCCUUAUUAACUAAAACUCUAGUUUAAACACCAAUCAUUUUAAAAGUGGUUGCGUUUCUACUCAUAAUGUACUCGAUAGAGGAGAUCCUACAUGUACUGGGGUCAUGGCGGUUUUUAUAUCCUUCUAUCGGGACUUGGUGACAGCAUGGGUAAUCAUUACUUUGUCUAUAAACAAAAUCCACUUCUCGUCUUUUACUCCAGUCUGUUUGUUGUCCUAACGUCUGAAUUUUGAUAGCACACGGCCACGGAUAUCU